AUGGCUGAACCUUUUCUCUUCCAGAACAUCCCAGACUUUGGGCACAAGUAUUACCUGCAGUUCAGCACAGAAGACUACAGGACUGGGGAAAACACCGGGAGCUGCCUGGCCACGGUGUUGUAUCCAAGGAAAAAGUCUCCUCCUGUUGUCAGCAUCAAGUGCUCACACACCAAAGACCAGAAUGAAAUCCAGGAAGAGGACAACAGACUCUACCAAAGAAUCAGGCAGCAAACCAAACCAAUAACUGGGAGCAAUAUUCCAGACAGCUAUGGCAACAUUGAGCCUGCCCUGGAGCCAGCCUGGGCUCUGGCUGUCGCUGGCAGCAGCUCCAUCAUGUGGGAAAAGUCCACAGAGGACGUGGGAUACUUCCUGGCACAAGUGAAGUCGGUGAAGCAGUGGAUGAGGAAAGAUGAUUUUAUUGAGUUCGACUACACUGUCCUGCUCCACGAAAUGCCAACACAGGAGAUGAUUUCCUGCCACAUGCGCCUCACGUGGCUCCCUGGGCGGCCUCUGAAAGUGAAACACUUCUGUGCCUCCCAGACCCCCGGGCUGAAGGAGGGAUCUGGGCUGGGAUCGGGAUCAGCUGCUGGCCUUUCAGAGGAAAGGGGGGACAGCUUCUGAGGGAGAGUGUCAGAAUCCCUGGAUUCAGGGAGAAAAUCCUCGUGCUACCAGAGCUGGAGCCGGCAUCGGGUUUCCACACAAGUCAGUGAUCGGGAUGCUUUCACUACUCUGUUCUGUGCCAAAAUUAUUUCCUGUCACUUCUCAAACUGCAAGACUCAACUUCUAGAGAGUUCUACCUAAAGCCUUUGCUACUGCACAUAUACACAGAUGAACAUACACAGGUUGAUUUUAUGUCACUAAUUAACUGUUACGUAGAGUUUGUAAACAAAGUUAAUAUAUUUGGGCAAAAAAUCUCCAGGAAAGUAUUAAUCUGUCAGUAAGAAAUAUCUGCCUACUAAUUUUUUGGGUCAUUUUUCGGGAUGGAAUCAUGCUGGUUUUCAACUCACCUCUCCAAUAAACCAAAUACCAUCACUCA